ACAAUAGUAAAGAGAUGCAACCCAAAUAAGAGAGACCUGAAAGGCCAAAACAGAGUCACCUACGAAAUAUAAUAAUCUCCGACGAGCCGAUGGACGGCGGUUCAGCACAACCAUCCGAGCCGGCGGAUAAUAUUCCGGCGAAUCCGAGCCACGGCGGACGAUUCAUCCAAUACAACAUCUUCGGCAAUCUCUUCGAAGUCACCUCCAAGUACAAACCUCCUGUUCUUCCUAUUGGCAAAGGCGCGUACGGUAUUGUCUGUUCGGCUUUAAAUUUGGAGACAAAUGAGAACGUAGCUAUUAAGAAGAUUGCUAAUGCUUUUGAUAAUAAAGUCGAUGCGAAGAGGACUUUGCGCGAAAUCAAACUUCUUCGCCAUAUGGAUCAUGAGAAUGUUGUUGCGAUUAGAGAUAUUAUACCUCCACCACAGAGGGGGUCAUUUAAUGACGUUUACAUUGCAUAUGAGCUUAUGGACACUGAUCUCCAUCAAAUUAUUCGUUCAAACCAAUCUCUAUCAGAGGAGCAUUGCCAGUACUUCUUGUAUCAGAUCCUCCGAGGCUUAAAAUACAUACAUUCGGCAAAUGUUCUUCACCGAGACUUGAAGCCUAGCAAUCUCCUCCUAAAUGCAAAUUGUGAUUUGAAAAUAUGUGACUUUGGAUUAGCCCGUGUCACUUCUGAAACUGAUUUUAUGACAGAGUAUGUUGUUACAAGAUGGUAUAGAGCACCAGAGUUGUUAUUAAAUUCAUCUGAUUAUACUGCUGCCAUUGAUGUAUGGUCAGUCGGUUGCAUUUUCAUGGAACUGAUGGACAGGAAGCCUCUAUUUCCAGGCAGAGAUCAUGUGCAUCAGUUACGACUGCUUAUGGAGCUGAUUGGCACACCGUCAGAGUCUGAAUUGGAAUUUUUGAAUGAAAAUGCAAAAAGAUACAUUCGGCAGCUUCCGCUUUACCGUCGUCAGUCAUUGACUGAGAAGUUUCCACAUGUACACCCUUCUGCUAUUGAUCUCAUCGAAAAGAUGUUGACUUUUGAUCCUAGACGGAGGCUUACAGUUGAAGAUGCACUGGCUCAUCCCUACCUCACAUCACUCCAUGAUGUUAGCGACGAGCCUGUAUGUGCUACCCCUUUUAGCUUUGAUUUUGAGCAGCAUGCACUGACUGAAGAACAGAUGAGGGAACUAAUUUACAGAGAGGCCCUUGCAUUUAAUCCCGAGUAUCAGCAAAUGUAAGGAACUGAUUGGUGUGUGCCUUUUAUGGUUGUAACCAGCGUGGUUUUCUAUUCCGUCCUCAACAGAAACCGCCUUGGAGAUCUGGGUACAUGGCUUUGGAAAAUCAGAAACUGAUAUGGGGGAUAACUGGAGUUAUUGUUCUUUUUAUUUUUUAUUGUGGCUUCAUUAAUCGUACUUCCACGGGAUAGAUAUUUGAUUUGAAACAGAAAUAGAAUAGAAUCUAUGAUUUGGACUUGAACACUGCAUUAUGAUUGUCACAAAAGAUUCAAUCAUGCAGAGGAACAUUACUGAUCCUAAAUGCAAUGCUGUUCUAUUUUUUUGUCUUGCA